CCAUGAUAGGGUUUUGUAGGUCAGGUACCCACUGAUGCGCAGAACAGUGUAUUGCUCGCCACGGAGAGAAUUCUUAGGAGGUCACUCGAUGAAAAGAAAGGUCAACCAGUGCCAAGAUAUAGUAUAAAACAAGAAACAAAGAUCGGGAUGAUGAUCAGUACGUUUUUGUCGAUCAGUAGUGCAACGGGGCACCGCGAAAAAAUGAGAAAAUUAGUGUUAGUGUUGUUUUUUGUGAUCGGUGCUUAUGCACAGGAAAGUUUCGAAAGCACAGGUGUACGAUUAGCGUUGAAAAUAUACGAUGAUUGUUUAAAAUCCGAUGGAUUAUCGCCGUGUUUGAAGAAAAAAGCCAUCACUUUCCUCGACAGAUUGGGCCGUAUGGAUAAACUCACCCUUUCCGAAGGAGUUAUCGUACAAAAAACGCCCGACGCACCCAAAGAAGGACCCGUCAUCACUGAAGAACAAUUAGAUCAAACCCUUCCGAGAUCUUCAGACGCCAAAGAUGCAGCCCUUACCGACAUGCUCAUGGACAAAGUCAGCAAUUUCAUCGGUUCAAGAUCAAUCGAAGUCGCUUUACCAAAAAUUCCCGCAGCAGACUUGAUCGAAGAAGGACGUAAAGGCGGCGGUGGUGGUGGAGGCGGCAAAAAAGGCGGCAUGAAAGGAAUGAUGGGCGGCAUGAUGAUGGGAAUCGCAGCAAAAAUGGCAGCACUAGUUCCUCUAGCAAUCGCUGGACUAUUUCUGCUAGCCGGUAAAGCUCUAAUCACAGCCAAAAUCGCUCUACUCAUCUCUGGAAUCAUCGCUCUCAAGAAACUCUUCGCAGCCAAACAAGGAGGCGGUGGAGGUGGUCACGGAGGCGGCGGUUGGCAAUCCGGUGGUGGCGGCGGUGGAGGCGGAUGGCAAUCCAGCGGAGGCGGUUGGGACAAGAGAUCGUACCAGGAAGCUCAAGCUCAAAAUUUGGCUUACAACGCGUUUAGCCCAAAAUAAACCAUACGAUUUAGUCACUAGAUAAUAUUUUUUGUACAAAUGAGUUUGACCGAUUUUUUGGUCACUGUUAUCUGUUUUUUUCUUCUACUUCUUCUUUCUAUGACAGUUUGGACGACUGACAUUUUAUUGUACGAGACGUUACAGUUUCUUAUUGUUGUUGUUAAAUUAUUUAUUGCAAAUAUUUAUUUAAUUUAUUUGACUUUUGUGACUUACUUGACACUGACUUUGUUACCAUACAUUUGUUUCCAAUGAAAAGAAAAUAAAGAUUGUUAAAG